AUGAUGCCCGCUGGCAAACAAGGAAUACUAUUCAGACAUCUGGUCAUCCCCCCUGUCGCCAAGCUCUAUCCCGACCUCUUUGCGGAGCCCGAUCUCGAAAAUCAGAUACGCCAGGAUCAACCGAACGGCUACGGCAGGUUCAAUCAAGCCCCCUUCGUUGUGUGCAGGGAGGUCCUGAUCAGGAUGAUUGAGCAAUGCGCUCAGGAGAUGAGAGAUCACUCAUGUCUCAGAGACGCCGAUACCGAAUCUCAGUAUCUCUCACCACGUCCCAGACUCAAGCGCUCUCGUCUUGAUGGCUUCGAAGCAAUUGACACCGAACAAGAGCCAGCCCCAAAGAGACAGAUGGUCACGCCGUUCACAUUCGCUCACAUCAAAGCUGUCGCAACACCUCCUCCGCCGGACCUUCCCAAACUCUCGAAGUCCGACAUUGCUCCUUCCGAAACUAUCAAGUCAAAACCAAGUGAAGGGUUUCGCAGAGGCCCGUCAACUGUCGCAGAACUCCUCGAACAGGAAAGAGCAGCCAGAGCUCAGUCUCGAAACGCAUUUUCCUCUCCCAUAAGUCCUGCGAAGGACAGAAAGGAUUCCGCCGCUUCGAACGAACAUACUACAACCCGUGGUGAUGGUGAGCGCGUCGAUCCUGCGGUUCUUGAGCGCAGACGGCUUCAUAUCCACAACGUUGCCACUCGGACAAAGAAAAGAGACGUGGCAGACUUUUUCGACGGUUAUCGCGUUGGCGCUAUAAGUCCUAUCACCAUGACUAAGGGACGCAAAGGAGGCUACUCUUGCUUUGCCGACUUCAGCACCCACGAACAAGCAAAACGUGCCAUAGGAGAUCUGGACCGCACGCCCCUGCUCGGUCGCGUGGUCGAUAUCGAGAUGGCACAACCCUCCCCUACACUUGUCGACGAGAAAGAGAAGGACAAGCAUCCACUUCCUGUCAAGCCGACCACCAGAAAAUGA